AUGGCCACAAGUGAUAUAGAACACCUCCUGGAAACUCUUGAGAAGCUAGGGAGAAAGGAUCUGAAGACGUUUCACUGGCACCUGCAAAAUACAAUUCUGGAUGGGUUUGAUCCCAUCCUAAAAAGCAAGUUGGAGGAAGCUUCCAGAACAGACACAGUGGAUAGGAUGGUGGAGACAUACAGACUUGAAGGAGCUCUGAAGAUCACUGUGGAGAUCCUGAGGAAGAUGAGGUUAAUUGAGCUUGCUGAGUCGCUGAAGACUGAGACUGGAGGCUAUGCUGCUCUUCCUGGUGAAAACCCCUCAGAGCAUGAUGAAUAUGCAGAAAACAUCAAAGACAACAAACGCAAACAUCAAUUACUAUUAAAAUCUAAGUAUGAAGAAAUUGUUGAUGGAAUGAAACAGCAUGGCAAGAAAAUCUUUCUUGACAGUAUCUACACAGAGCUCUACAUCACAGAGGCUGGAGGUGGAGAGGUCAAUGACCAACAUGAAGUGCGACAGAUUGAGGGAGAAUACAGGAAGAUUAGAGGGUCAGAGAAAACAAUCAAAUUCAACAACACCUUUAAAUCCCAACAUGAACAAAACAAACUUAUCAGAACGGUUCUAACCAAGGGAAUUGCUGGCAUUGGCAAAACGUUUUCUUCACAGAAGUUUACUCUGGACUGGGCAAACGGAAAAGAAAACCAAGACAUCGACUUUAUUUUUCCACUCCCUUUUCGACAGCUGAAUUUGUUUAAGGAAACGAAGCACACCUUGAUUGAUGUGAUAAAAAAGUGCUUCAAAGAAAUUGAGAAAGAGUUUCUUGCUGUCAUUUUCACAAAGGGACAAAAAAACAGGAAACAAUUGAAAGUUUUGUUUAUCUUGGAUGGUCUUGAUGAGUUCCAGAUGCCCCUCGACUACGAGAACUAUGAGAGCUGUGAAGAUAUCACAGAGCCAAAUACUAUAGAUGUGCUGCUGACAAACCUGAUCAUGAAAGAUCUGCUUCCUUCUGCUCUUCUCUGGAUAACAUGCCGACCCGCAGCAGCCAAUGAGAUUUCUGAGCGUGUUGACCUGGUGACAGAAGUACGAGGGUUCAAUGACCCAGAGUACAUCAUGAAGAAAUGCAGUGAUGAGAUCCUGGCCAAGAGAAUUCUCUCACACAUCAAGACAUCAAGAACGCUCUACAUCAUGUGCCACAUACCAGUCUUCUCUUGGAUUUCUGUUACAGUCCUUGAAGACAUGCUGAGAACAGAGAAGAAAGAGAAGAUGCCCAAGACCCUGACUGAGAUGUACGCAACCUUCCUGGUGUUACAGACCAAACAGAAGAACAACAACAAUGAGAAUCUGAUGUCUCAGUCCACCUCAGUCACAUCUGACAUCCACCUCUACAAGAGAGCUGUGGACAAGGCCUUGCAGAGUAAGAAUGGACACCUGGACAUUUUCCUCCGCUUCCUAGUGGGCCUCUCAAUGGAGUCCAAUCAGACUCACUUACGAGGCCUACUGACUCAGACAAGAAGCAACACACAGAGCCAUGAGGAAACAGUCAAGUAUCUCAAGUCGAAGAUCAGAGAGGAUCCCUCUGCAGAGAGAUGCAUGAAUCUGUUCCACUGUCUCAAUGAACUCAAUGACCACUCUCUGGUGGAGGAGAUCCAACACUACCUGAGCUCAGGAAGUCUCUCCAGUGUGAAAAAGAAGAAGCUCUCAUCUACACAGUGGUCAGCUAUGGUCUUUGUGUUGCUGACUUCAGAAGAGAAGAAGGAUGUGUUUGACCUGACGAAAUAUUCCAGAUCAGAGGAAGGUCUUCUGAGGCUGCUGCCAGUGGUCAAACACUCCAACACUGCUCUGCUGAAUGACUGUAACCUCUCAGAACGGUGCUGUGAAGUGUUGGCCUCAGCUCUCCCCUCCUCAGAUCUUAGAGAGCUGAUCCUGAGUAACAAUCACCUGGAAGAUUCAGGCAUGAAGCUGCUCUCUGUUGGACUGGGGAAUCCACACUGCAAACUGGAGACACUGAGGCUGUCAAGUUGUCACAUCACAGAGGAAGGCUGUGCUUCUCUGAGCUCAGCACUGAAUUCAACCUCCUUCCUGAGACAAUUAGACCUAAGUAACAAUGAUCUGAAGGACACUGGGAUGAAGCUGCUCUUUUCUGGACUGGGGAAUCCACUCUGCAAACUGGAGACACUGAGGUCUUCAGGCUGUCUGGUCACAGAGGAAGGCUGUGCUUCUCUGGCCUCAGCUCUGAGGUCCAACCCCCAUCACCUGAGGGAACUAGACCUGAGCUACAAUCAUCCAGGAGAAAAAGGAUUGAAGCUGCUCUCUGCUGGACUGGAGGAUCCACAAUGCAGACUGGAGAAACUCAAUGUCGAUCAUGGUGGAGAGUGCUGGAUCAAACCUGGCCUUAGGAAAUAUGCCUGUGAGCUCACACUGGACCCAAACACAGCACACAGAUACCUCUCUCUGUCUGAGGAGAACAGAAAGGUGACAUGCAGGAUAGAGAAGCAGUUGUAUCCUGAUCACCCAGAGAGAUUUGACUACCGUCUACAGGUGCUGUGUAGAGAGCGCUGUUACUGGGAGGCAAAAUGGAGUGGAGGAACGGUUCAUAUAGCAGUGACCUAUAAAGGAAUCAGCAGGAGAGGAAGGGGUGAUGGCUGUUGGCUUGGAUUCAAUAACAAGUCCUGGAGACUAUACUGUGAUGACUACAGUUACUCUGCCAGGCACAAUAAGAAGUUCACUGUCAUACCUGUCCCCAACUCCCACAGAGUAGGAGUGUAUCUGGACUGGCCAGCCGGUACUCUGUCCUUCUAAGUCUCCUCUGACACACUGACCCACCUGUACACAUUCCACACCACAUUCACUGAGCCCCUCUAUCCAGGGUUUACUGUGUACAGUGGGUCUUCAGUGUCCCUCUGUAAGGUUGAAUAGCCCACACACACUCACACACCAUGGCCACAUAUGUGACACGCUCUUGUGAAAAGGAGCCGUUGUCAGCCAAGGUCAUUUUUACGUUUUUUGCAGAUUGUAAGCUUUCGAAUAAUGUGUCAUACAUUGAAAUCAGAAAAUAUUUGAAGAUACACAUAUCUGAAUGUUGGUACACCUGGGAUGCUCUAGCAGAGAAAUCCCCCUUCAAAGAUUCUAGACGUUUUCACGCCUUUUCUUAAUAGUGCCGAGCACCAGUCAUUUGUGUUUUAUCACCCAGUAUUUUUUUGUUUUUGUUUUCAAAAUCACACCAGGAAAAGUUAGUUUAAAGCUAUUUUCCUCUUUCAAUUGCUGCCGGCUGCACAUUCGGCCAUUUUUUUCUCUGUCUUUCAGGGCAGCGAACGUAUGACAAAAUCGUAUGAAAAAAAGGACAAAAUCUGCCUAUUCAUUACGGAGGGGGAUAUCACACUUUGUACAGACAGACAACAGCCUACAUACGAAACAUUGCAGCUAUUAUAGGCUGAUCGACUUCUAUGGGAACUGUGCUAGAAAGAUAGCCUACUGAAUGGAGUUGGGAAAUAGGGGUAGAGUUUGCUUCUGUUAUGACAUAAUGUUAACUGUCGAUUAUCUGUCCUUCUAGUUGUUGU